ACAAAACGUAAUGAAUAUAAACUCACUGCAUUAUAUAUAUAGCUGUGUAAACAGGUCGAUCAAUGGAGAGUACAUGAACCAAGAAUCCAAGAUGCACACACUCCCAACCGGGCGACUCGCGUACGUCAGCCGAUCAAAACACACCCAACACGAAAAUACUGGCAACAACAAUCAAGUAAAAGAAGCGAUGAACUGAACUGAUAUAUAUGUAUGUAUCACUCCGAUCCGGGUCCAGGACUCCGGGGGGGGGCGGCAACCCAGCUCAGCUGAAGAGGUACCCAACGGCGGCCACGGCGAAAGCAGCGAGCGCCGGGGCGGUCACGGCGGCGGCGGCGGCGGUGCUGGGGCUGGCGGGGCCGGGAGCCGGCGCCGCCUCGGACGCGGUGGCGACGCCGACGAGCGACGAGGCCACGGCGGCGGCGGUGGCAGCCGCGGCGAGGAUCCUGAGCCUGAGGGUGGCCGCCAUCUUCUCGCUAGCUGCUAGCUUCUCGAUCGAGAGGUGGAAGGGGAGGAGAGGAGGAGCAGGAAGCUAGCGA